CGGGGCUUUGGUCAGGGGCGCGGCCUUCACCACCGCGUAGGGAAGGGGGUCACGUGACGCAGCUCGGUGAGGGGACGGUCACGUGACGGCGGCGGGGCGAUCCCGGGCGGCGGGAGCGGAGCCGGCGCCCUUCUCCGAUGCGGGGUCCCCUCCUGGCGGCUGCCGGGGAGGCCAUGGGGGGCGCGGGGGGCCCCCUGGCCCGCACCAUCCGCGCCAAGCUGACAGCGGCCCUGCAGCCCACGCACCUGGAGGUUCGGGACGACUCCCCCCGCCAUGGGGGCCCCCCCGGCGCCGAGACGCAUUUCGGGGUGCUGGUGGUGAGCGGGCGAUUCGCGGGGCUGCCCCUGCUCCAGCGGCACCGCCUGGUGCACGAGGCGCUGCGGGCAGAGCUGGCCGGGCCCCUGCACGCCCUGCAGGUCAUCGCCCGCACCCCGGAGCAGUGGCAGAGUGACCCUCACGCGCCCCCCGCACCCCCUUGCCUGGGAGGCUCCAAGCGGGAGCAGCGCCACAGGGACGGGGAGAAGGAGGCAGCGCCGGGGCAGCAGUGACAGCCCCAGAAACAGCACGGGGCUCCCGAGACCCCCACCCCGGUGUCAGCACAGCAGAUGGAGCCUGGCGUUGGGAGGGGGCAAAAGUAAUGGGGGUGACCCUCCCCCCGCACCCCAUACCACCCCCAGACCCUCCAUCACCCCCAGCCUGGACCCACCCAACCACCCCUCCAUGCUCCCACCCUCAGGGGUAUUUAUGGGGUGUUAUCUCCCAUUUCAUGUCCGAAUCAAUUUAAAUAAAUGUGUUCUGGGCUCA